AUGUCUUCCACUCUGGAUGCUCUUCUUGCCUUUCGACAAGCCAUCCAAUCCCACAACCAAACGAUCCUUCUCUCUUCCCCAUCGACCUCUACACCAGUGGAAUCCCUCUCUCAAGCAACACAUAUCCAGAUAUCUCCUUCCGAAAUAUUCCCAAAAUCAACCCCAACACGAUGGAGGAAAGGUUCCUCCUCGACCUCUACUUCGAGUUUGACCUUGAAUGAUCUGUACACACUAGAAGCGAUUUACCUUGCUUACCAGUUGAAAUCUCUACCUGCCCCAAAUUAUACAAAACAAGCCAGAGAGGAUGGGCUUGGUAUUGGCAUGGUGUCGGUCACGGAGAGGAAGAUAGUUGUUGAUUGGCUGGAGGGCAAUUCAAACUCCGGUGAGAGAUUGGUUGAAUCGGAGAAACUGUCUGCUGCUCUCAAAGCAGCGGAAUCUCACGCCUCAGGCUCAACAACGCCUCCAUCAACGCCGCCAACGCAUCUUAAACAGUUGUACUCGGACAGCUCUCCGUCAAAAAACCUUACAGCUACGCCCCAUGCGUCCUCCUCUUUCCUUUCUUCAAAGUCUCUGGGUACCACAGGGAGUCCCCAGAAACGGAAAUAUGUCCCUGAUACGGCGGACAUUGAUUCUGUCAAGAAAAUUCGGAUGCAGGAGGUUGAAUUAAGGGAUCGGAACAGUGUCCUAAGAGGCAUAAAAAUGAAUGCAAGUAGUAACUUCUCUUCCGUACGCACACAAUUCGCUGAAAAGCUCAAGAAGUUGAAGGAGAGUGUUGGAAAAGCUGCCCCUGCUCCAUCAUCAAAUGUGUUGCAGAGUAUGGACUCGAAAAUGCUGUCGCAGAAGAAACGUCCCACCUGGCCAAUCAUCAUGAUAUCUUCAUCCCCGACCGCCUUGAUUACAAUGUAUAAUGUCAAAAAGUUCCUGCAGGAAGCCGUGGUCAGGUUUGAACUUUCUGAAAAUGCUCGAGCGCGUGCCCAGGCUGAUGGCAACGUACGGCCGGACGAUGUCAUAAUCAUCGACCGAAAGCUUACUCAUAUUGAACCAAGUGGCAAAGAAACCAUUAUUCAACAAAGGUGUAUUGUCGUUGACUCGCAAGAUUCCUUAACUAAAUUCGGUCCCGAUGCUUGGGACCGUGUAGUUUGUGUGAUGACGACUGGGCAGGCAUGGCAGUUCCGUUCGUACAAAUGGAGUGAGCCGAAGGUCUUAUUUCAUCAUGUUAAAGGCAUAUACGUUCGUUGGGCAAAUGACCCGCCCAAUCCCAAAAUAAAAGAUUGGAACGUCACCGAGUUGAAGAUUGACCAGCAACGAAGACAUAUUGACAAAAGUGUGGUAGCACACUUCUGGAAAAUUUUAGAUGAUUGGAUGACUGCAAAUAAACCAGGAUUAAUAAAGAGUUGA